ACUAAGACAAGUAUCAUCAUGAAGUUCUUGAUCGUUCUCGUAGCCGCUUUGGCCAUCGCAGCCGCCAACCCAGAACGCGAACGUCGUUCGCUCGGUUGGGGUCACAAUGGAGCCGUGGUGCUAGGCGGUGUGGUACCAGGCAUAGCUUUGGCAGGUCCAGUAGCUCCUGCAGCUGCAGUUGUCGGCCCUGUCGCUGGAUCCGCGGCCGUCAUUGGGCCUGUCGCACCUUCAGCUGCAGUCGUUGGACCGGCUGCAGGAUCCGCGGUCGUCGCUGGUCCCGCUGGAACGGUUGUGGCUCCAGGACACGGAGCAUGGAACGGAGUCGUGGGACUCUGGUAAACAUCGAAAUACUCAGGACUUGGCCCCCCACCGGAGAGCUUUACAACAACUCGAACGAUCUCCCAUCAACUCUCAAGCGGCUUACCACCAGACCUCCAUCCUCGAGACAUCGACCAAUGCUCACCGUCAUCGGGAGCACAUGAUUAUUCGGGGUCCAUGACUCAGGACCUACGAUCGCACACUUCGAUUCGCACGGACGAGUCCGGGUAUCCUCGAGGUUCUUUCGUAGGAUGCCCUCUUUGUAACUACCCGUGUUACCCUUUUGUACGAUAAUAAAUGAAGCAACCCAAUUACGCUUUUUGUACGAUAAUAAAUGAAG